AUAUUGAAAAAGGUAGCUAGCUAAGCUUCGAUCGAUAUAACUAACUAAAUAAGAUGGGAGGAGGAGGAGGGCGUUCCCCGUGCUGUGACAAGAGUAAGGUGAAGAAAGGGCCGUGGAGUCCCGCGGAGGACGUCAGGCUCGUCUCUUUCAUUCAGAAACAUGGCCAUUCCAACUGGCGUUCUCUCCCAAAACAAGCCGGUCUGCUAAGGUGUGGAAAGAGCUGCCGUCUGAGAUGGAUAAAUUACCUAAGGCCAGAUGUAAAGAGGGGAAGUUUUACUCCCCAAGAAGAGGAUUCCAUCAUUCGCCUUCACGCCACCUUCGGGAACAAGUGGUCGAAGAUUGCAUCUCAGUUGCCGGGACGAACGGACAACGAGAUCAAGAAUGUGUGGAAUACACAUUUGAAGAAAAGAUCAGUGCUGAUGAGCAAAAACGAAACUUUCUUGUCAACACCUUCAAUGUCACCGGCUUCCAACAUCUCAAUUAGUAUUGAUCAACCUCACAUUAAUAAUCAAGAAAUUUCUUCUAAUCACCUGGAUAUUGAUCCAAAAGCGAUAACCCGAGAGGGAGCUGGUGGAGGUCCAUUAUUGGUUGAGGAUAUAGAUCAACCAUCAACCCCAUCGUCAACCGCGUCUUGCAAUACUCGUGAUGAAGUAAAUCUUGAAAUUCCUUCAGAAUCAGAGGUUGAGUUUUGGAACAUGCUUGAGGACAUACAAUUACAGCCACAACCAAUCGUGGAACACCAUGGAGCCCAUAUCCCAAAUGGAUCGAUAGACGUUGAGUACUGGAUGAGAUUGUUAGAGGAAGAACUUGGAUUAGUAGAUACAACUCCUGCUACUCAACAAAUUCACCAAAAUGAUCUAACCGAGACGAAGACCAAGGUGAACGAGGAGCAGGCAGUAUUUGGUUACAAUACGGAAAUGUGGUGCAAAAUAAGUGACGAAAUAUCUACACUGUGGCCGACUUCCCCUCAAAAUUUUUGGUUUUAGUUUUAGUUUGAUGAUUGUUAUGUUAGACUUGGCAACCUUGUUUCAACAGAAACAGUAGCAAUAGCUAGGUCUUCUAUUGUUGCAUGAGUCAAGAGAGCUACACUCUUAUCCUGGUACGACUUGAUCAGUUUGUCGUGGGUAGGUGAGUGGACUAGUAUUGGAUGAUCAUGACUUACACAUUUAUACAAACUGUUUCACAAUUUAGAUAUCAGAAAUCCGAG